AUGACCACUAAUAGACGUGACACCGGUCGUCAUGCAUAUCUUAGCAAUUGUAAAUUGGAUAAAUGUUUAAUUACAUCACUCGUAACAAAAUAUUUGGGUGUUGCAAAAGGAAAACCUGUAAUAGCGGAGCCGGCAAAACCCGAAAUUACAGGUUUUCGCCUUGCAGCACUUAAUAUUAAAAAAUGGAUACUUAGAAAAAAAGGAAAUAAUAUUCCAUAG